AGCACCCUGUGACCCCGGAAGCGGCGGGCGGGAAAAAGGAGCGUUGCGCUGUCAGCGCUGGGGCCGAGGGGGGUUAACUCAUCACAAUGCCAGCAUUACCAUUGGAUGAACUCCAGCUUACUGAAAAGGAUCCGAAGACAGGGAAACUCAGGACUUUUCCAGCACUGCAUCCCGAAAUCAAAGCAGACCGUUUUUUUGUGUUAUACAAACCACCACCUAAUAUCAGAAACCAUGCCCUUGUGGAGGAAUUCUUAGAACGAGCAAAAUUCAUUUCUGAUGAUCUGGACUGGCUUCUGGCUUUGCCUCACGAUAAAUUUUGGUGCCAGGUCAUAUUUGAUGAGACACUUCAGAAAUGCCUGGAUUCAUACCUGUGCUAUGUUCCUCGCAAGUUUGAUGCACUACUGGAUUUCCAUCCGGAAGUGAAUGACAUGCAGAAGCGACUUCAUCGGUGUGUCUUCCUCACCUUCCUCAGAAUGUCCACUCACAAGGAGUCCAAAGACCAUUUCAUCACGCCGUCUGUUUUUGGAGAAAUUCUUUAUAACAACUUCCUGUUUGACAUCCCUAAGAUACUGGAUCUGUGCGUGCUAUUUGGGAAAGGAAAUGGUCCCCUACUCCAGAAGAUGAUUGAAAAUAUCUUCACUCAGCAACCAAGUUACUACAGUGACUUGAAUGAAACAGUCCCCACAAUCCUCCAGGUGUUCGACAACGUUCUGCAAAAAUGUGGCUUGCAAUGUGAAGGUACCUCAGCUGAACCCCAGAAACUGGAAGAAAGAGUCAAAGUGACUCCUGCUGACUUGCCUCUCCAGGAGUUGAAGGAUAUUGUGCUGUUCUUGUGUGACACCUGCAUCUCCCUCUGGGCAUUUCUUGAUGUCUUUCCACUUGCUUGCCAAACCUUUCAAAAACAUGACUUCUGUUACAGAUUGGCAUCAUUCUAUGAACUGAUAAUUCCUGAGCUGGAAUCUGCAAUUAGGAAGAGGAGAUGUGAAGAUAACAGUUUACUGACUGACUUGUGGAGACGACUGUCUCAUUCCAGGAAGAAGGUGGUGGAGGUUUUCCAUAUCCUCACUAACCAAAUAUGUCUCCAGCCCAUCUUAGAAAGCAGUUGUGAGACUAUUCAGCCCUUUAUUGAAGACUUUCUACAGAUCUUCACCUCAGUGCUUCAAGAGAGGAGGUUUCUCCCCCCAAAGAUCUCUAUCAGUGCACCCCUAGCAUUGGUAGAAAAACUUUUUGGAGAUGAGACCCGAACAGCUUAUAUCCUCCAAGCAGUGGAAAGUGCCUGGGAAGGUGUGAAUAGGAGAAAAACCUGUGUUGCUAAAGACCCAGCACUACCAUUGGCAUCCAGUGGAGCCUCGGCAAUGACAGAAGAUGCUGCUAAGGACUCAGAGGAGCUUGAUGAUGCAUAUAAAUUGGAAGAUGAAUAUGCUGGAGCAGCUGCAGCACCCAUUGCCAAGGUCUCAGGGGUGGAGCUAGAUUCUCUGAUUUCUCAAGUGAAAGAUCUGCUGCCUGAUCUCGGGGAGGGCUUCAUCUUGGCCUGCCUGGAAGGGUAUGAUUACAAUGUAGAGCAGGUGAUCAACAACAUCCUGGAGGACAAGCUAGUGCCAUCCCUGGACAAACUGGACCAAACAAUGCCAAGGCAGUUGAAGCCAGAUCCAACCCCUUUGGUGACUUCUCGAUGUAAUGUCUUCCAGGAUGAUGAGUUUGAUGUUUUCAGCAGAGAUUCGAUAGACCUGUCCCGGGUACAGAAAGGCAGGAGGAAGGACAAGGACACAACAGAGAGUUUGUUGAAUGACAAGCGUCUAAUUGCUGAGCAGAAGGAACGCUACAGCCAGUACAGUGUGAUUGUAGAGGAGGUUCCUGAGCAGGCUGGAGAAGCCCAGUUCUCUAGGGAUGACUACGAGGAUGAAUACGACGACACCUAUGAUGGGAACCAGGUUGGGGCUAAUGAUGCAGACUCGGAUGAUGAGUUGAUCAGUAGGAGGCCAUUUACCACACCUCGGGUCCUGAAACCCAAAGGACGAGACGAAGACGAAGAGGACCCGGAAGAGGAAGAAGCUGAAAAAGAAACACCAAAGCAGGACCAUUUUGUCCAGGACCCAGCUGUGCUGAGGGAGAGAGCAGAAGCCCGACGGAUGAUUUACCUUGCCAGGAAAGGGCACAAACAUGAUGGCUCAGCAGCUGUUGUUGGGAAUGUGAAGGGACACGGACAGAACCGGGAAACCAUACAGGAAAGGAGGAAGAAAGAAGCCAGCAAAGGAACACGAGCUAAUCAUAACAGACGUGCAAUGGCUGACAGGAAACGGAACAAAGGCAUGAUCCCUUCCUAAAGGACUCCGUCUCAAGAAAGUAAAUUAUAUCUAGGCCUACAUUUCUGAGGCUGUCACCCUCCAUGCCCUUACUGUGAAGGUCUGGAAGUUACAGUGCAAUACUCAAACUUCAGUAUAAUGGGGAUCACUAAUCUCCUGGGAGGUCUUCCCAGUUAUGAAUGCCAGGAAUUGCUCAGCAACUAGGCUUUAGGCUGUCUGUUUCAAUUCUUGAAAAAAGGACAGCAGGAACUCCUGAAUGUACCAGAUAGGCUGUAACAGCCAUUUUAAAAAACUAUUUAUAACCAUUUGGGCUUUCUCCAUCCCAUCUGUAUAACUGCCGUGGUGCUUCCAUCAGCACAACUAGAAAUACUUAAGGUGACUGACAACAUAGUGUACCUGUGUUAUCAGUACAGCUUGCUGCUCCACUGAUGUUAUGCUUUAUCCUGCAGCAAACUUAAUACGUGUUGGGUUUUUUGGGGUUUUUGUUUUUGUUUUGUGGUUUUUUUUGUUUGAUUUUUGUAACAACUUGGGCAAUUCCAGUUGCUGACAUACCCAUAGGAAUCCAGGUGUACAAGUGUACCACAGUGUCAUCUCCCUUUAAAAGAGGAGUAUUUUUAUAAAGAACGGCAUUGCAAAUAAAGGACUGAUUUUUUUUCUUCA